GUUCGUGUGUGUGUGUGUGUGUGUUUGUGAGUAAUGCCAAAGGAGAGAGAGAGAGAGAGAGAGAGAGAAAAAGACCACGCAUGUGAGUCAAGAGAGAGUUAGAGGGAGGGGACCUGCAGCAGCCAGACAGUGUGUGUCAGCACUGUCGGCCACAUGGCUUUAGCCAAGUGUGUGUAUUAUGACCGUGAGAGACGGAGUGUGUGAGUGAAGAAGAGACAGUGAGUGAGAGACCCUGACAACAGAAGACAGAGACAGAGAGAGAGGACACAGAGAAAGCCACCUCUUUGGAUGCUGGUCAGAGUUUUGACUCUUGCUUUGUGUUUUUGAAUUGUGACACCAGCAGCAGCAGCAGUGCCGCGCCGUCUUUAUGAGCAGCAGAAGUGUGUUUGUUUAGCCCUGUGGUGUUAUUGGACCGUCCCACCACACACAUACACACACAUACACCGCUCAGUCAGGAUCUUCAUGUGUCGCAGGAAGCCUUGGACAGCUCAGUGGACAUGGACCGCUUGAACAGGAACAUGCCAGAGUGCGGACGGCAAACCCACCAGGUGUUACAAAGCACCCCGCUGGACCUUAUUGAGACUGGAAAAGGCCUGAAGUUCCAGGCAGAGCGGCCCCACCUGGUCAGCCUGGGCAGUGGACGUCUGAGCACUGCCAUCACCCUGCUGCCCCUGCCUGAGGGCCGGACCACUCUUGGUCAUGGUCCCAUGGACAUCAGCAUCCAGGGCCCUGGGGUGGCUGCCCAGCACUGCUACAUAGAGAACAGGUCAGGGGUCAUCACGUUGCACCCCUGUGGGAACCUCUGUGCUGUUGAUGGGCUCCAGAUCACGCAGCCUGUCCGCCUGUCACAAGGCUGUAUGCUGUGUUUUGGCCAGUCAAACUUCUUCCGCUUCAACCACCCUGAGGAGGCCUUCAGGAUGAAGAGCAUGAUGCCCCAGGGAGGAAGCGUCUCCACCGGGGACUACAGAAUUUGUGCAGACACAGAGAGUUUGGUCAAUGGGAAUCACCAGGCCAGUCCAGCCCAGUCUCCCCCAGCUCCUGGAGAGAGAAUCCAGUCAGAGCACAGUGCAAUCGUCAGCUCCAUUGAGAAGGACCUCCAGGACAUCAUGGACUCCCUAGUCAUGGAUGACCCCCAGCCUUCUUCCUUGGAAGCCAAAAAGCCUCCUGGUGGCCCAGCAAUUCCCCACUCCCCCCUGUCACCCAUGGUCAAUGGAGGGGGACGGUAUCUGCUGUCCCCUCCUACCAGCCCAGGGGCCAUGUCUGUGGGGUCCAGCUAUGAGAAUACAUCCCCUCCCUUUUCCCCCCUCUCCUCACCCUCAGCAGCCAGCAGUGGGAGCUUUACCAGCCCAUCUCCUAGUGGAGGACCCCAGGACCAGAGUUCUUCUCUGCCGCCAGUGCCUGUACGCUCCUCUAGCUACAAUUUCACUUCCCAGCCUCCACCUGUACCCCAGCCACGGACCAUACUGCCUAACUUCAGCAGCAGUGGGGCGGGCCAGAAGGUUCAGGAAAGCCCCAGGCUGCAGAGGAAGUUCUUAACAGAGGCUCCUCCAAGCCCCAAGCCAAACCGCAGAGGACUAGGCCAAGAUGGGUCUGAGAGCCCUCGACAGACCCCCCUUCUGUCUUCUAAUGAAUCUCUCAAUAGUAGAAACAUUGUGCCAAGUAGCCCCAGACUCGCUCCCAAAUUCCCUACCUGUUCAUCCCCAUCUCCCUCCAGUCCCAGGACCAUGACAACCACGGUGCUCCAGGAAAGGCCUGCCAGCCCUUUCAGAGAGCAAACCUCUCUAGCUGAUCGCUCCUUCACCUCGAGCCCUUCCAGGCAGCUUUCCCAACCUGCCAGACCCUUCCAGCCUCCCUUGGACCCCAUUGUCCAUGUCAUCCAAGGAUCACCGCUUCAGCAGCAUCCACGUUCACUGCAGCCCCCCGAAAGCCCUCGCAUGGCCAGGAGGAACCUGGAGCUGAAUGGAGGCAGCGGAGCGAGCAGCACUAUGAGGGAGCUGCCUCCACUUAGCCCCUCCAUGGCUCGGAGAGGGGUUCCAGUACUCCCAGGGGCGCUACCAGGGACAGUCCCCACCUUGAGGACUCCAGAUAGUCCCUCAAGUCUUGGCAAGCUUGUUCCAGAGAGUCCCAGACUCAGACGAAAGUCUGGAUCCACUUCUGAGGAGCUGAUGUGCAGCAGGGGGAUCAGAGCCCGCAGUCCCUCACCUACCUCUGCAAUGAUAGAGGGCGGUGGUGGUGGAGCAGGAGUGCGGAAAGCAAGCUUUGGGAACUCUCUAUCUCCUGCUUACAGUCUGGGCUCCUUGCCUGGCUCGUCCCCUGUAGCCAGCCCUAGAACCCAUAGGAAGAUGUCUGCAGGGAGACCCCACCCUGGGAUGAGGGAGAGGAAGAACAGCAUCACAGAAAUCAGCGACAAUGAGGACGAGCUGCUGGAGUACCACCGACGACAGAGAGAGGAGAGGCUCCGAGAGCAGGAAAUGGAGAGACUGGAGAGACAGCGACUAGAGACCAUCCUAAACCUCUGUGCUGAGUAUAACAAAGGAGAGAGCACCAGUCAGGACCCUCUGGGUUCAGGGAGGACAGGUUUCCCUGGGGGCCUGGCAGAUGGAUCUGGGCGGAGACCAUCCAUGGAGAAUGUCCUAGGAGGGACACCAUCCUCAGCUACACUACGCCUGGCACAGAGACUGAGGGAGAGCGACGAGGAGAAUCUAAAGGAGGAGUGUAGUAGCACAGAGAGCACUCAUCAGGAGGUGAGGACAUCUCCUGCUCCCAGCACAGCAUCAGCACUGCACAAUGGAGACAGACAGCAUGAGGACUCGUCCAGUUCAGGUAGCGCAGGUCGUCUGGAGCUGGGUUACCUGGUGGACGAGCGGGUUCGUGUUCUUACUCGGAUCGAUGAGCUCAAAACGCGACUGACUGAGCUGGAGCAACAACUCCAGGAGUCCAAACAAGAGGCAGAGAUGGAGCGUGCUCUGCUGCAGGGCGAGAGGCAGGCGGAGCUCGACCAGAUAGAGGCUGAAAUGGACAUCAUCACUCAGCUGCAGCACAAGCUGGAAGAGCUGGAGAGCGCCAUCCAGAGGGAAAAAGACAAGGAGAGGGCUAAUGUUGAGGCCGAGCGCCGGGCCCUGCAGAGCCUCCAGGAGGGCUACGCUGAGCUGAAGAACCAGCUUCAUAACUGUCCCGAGUCCCUGCGGGAACAGUUGCAGGAACAGCUCAAAAGGGAUGGAGAGGCACUGGAAGCAGGAACCAAAAAGUUUGAGGACCUGGAGUUUCAGCAGCUGGAGAGAGAAAGCAGCCUAGAGGAGGAAAGGGAAACCAUCAGCCAGCAGCUGCUCCAGGAGAGAGCAGAGUACCACAGCAGUGUGGCCAAGAGGAAGGAGAAAGUGUCUGCUCUCGAGACCCAGGCCAACCAGCUCAGCCUACAGGCAUCUCAGGAGUGUGAGCGGCUGGCUAAAGACAGAACCCUCACUCUGCAAAUGGUCCAAAAGGAGAAGGAGAGACUGUUGGCCCUGGAGAAGAGAUACCACAGCCUGACUGGUGGAAAGAGCUUCCCCAAGUCCUCCACUGCAAUGAGGGAGGAAAUGCUCCAUAUCAGCGAGGCUGACCUGUUGUUGGAGGAUGUCCACUCCUCCCAGCAUUCCCUCUGUCAAGCCUCUCCUUCCUACUUACAACCCUCCCCUCACUGUCAGUUGUACCCCAGCAGCCCUACGGAGGAGUAUGUGACAGUGGGCCAGUUAAAUCAGAUGUAUGGGAUGCCAAAGGUGGAAUCGUCCCCUACCUCCCCGCUUCGCCAGCCCCUGCAGUCUGGAGCAGUAGACCCUGCCUUCUCCUGCCUCCCCUCUCCUCAUGGCUCCUCCCUGUCUCUCUCUGUGGAGUACCAGUCUGAGGCCAGUAGGCCUCAUCUGCCCAAGCUACAUUUAGAGCAGUGGUACCAGGAGCUGAUGGCUGACUCCAGCCAGCUAUGUCCUCCUCCUCUGCCAGCCAAGUCUCUCUCAGGCUGCAGGCCUGUGCUGCAGGUGUUCCGCUCCAAGCUGGACAGUGAUCCAGGUCUUUCUCUUCAUCAACCUAAAUCAGGCUCUGCGUCCCUUCUUCAGCAUGGAGCAGCAACACUGGGACGCAACACAAGCUCCAAGCAGAGCCCCCUGCUGUUGGCCAACAGCACUGGCAGUCUGCCCAGGAACCUGGCUGCAACCCUGCAGGACAUCGAGACCAAGAGACAGCUCGCUCUGCAGCAGAAAGAGCCCCAGACCUCCAGACAGAACACCAUAGAGGAAAGCUCAGCAGGUCAGCAGGUGAUCGAAGAGCAGCGUCGUCGUCUGGCCGAGCUCAAACAGAGAGCGGCAGCGGAGGCUCAGUGCCAGUGGGAGGCGCUCCACGGCUCUCAGCCCCACCUCAUGACUGCGUCCUCCUCGUCGCCCUCCUACUCCCCCGUCAUGGCCUACAGCCCCACGCUGAGCCACAGCUCUAUAGGCCCCGCUCCUCUCGUUCACCACUCCAUCCUACACCACCAGCCCCUGUCAGCCGGAGAGCAGCCCUACGACACACUGAGCCUGGAGAGCUCCGACAGCAUGGACACCAGUGUGUCCACGGGGAACAACUCGGCCUGCUCGCCAGAUAACAUGUCCAGUGUUGGAGGAGUGGACUCGCUGAAGAUUGAGGAGAUGGAGAAAAUGCUGAAGGAGGCGCAGCUGGAGAAAGCCAGACUUAUUGAAUCGCGGGAACGAGAGAGCCUGGCUCGCCGUCAGAUGCUGGAGGAGGAGAGAAGGAGAAGGGAGGAGGCGGAGAAAAGACUGCAGGAUGAAACUUUCCAUCGGCAGCAGCUAGUGGAGAAAGAGGUCAAGAUGAGGGCCAAGAACUUCUCUCAGGCUCGUCCUAUGACUCGCUACUUGCCCAUUAGGAAAGAGGAGUUUGACCUGCGCUCUCACGUGGAGUCAUCAGGCCACAGUGUGGAUACCUGCUACCAUGUCAUCCUCACUGAGAAGAUGUGCAAGGGCUACCUGGUCAAGAUGGGAGGCAAGAUCAAGUCCUGGAAGAAACGUUGGUUUGUCUUCGACCGCCUCAAAAGGACCCUCUCCUACUAUGUUGAUAAACAUGAGACCAAACUGAAGGGUGUGAUCUACUUCCAGGCUAUAGAAGAGGUCUAUUAUGAUCACCUCCGCAGUGCCACAAAGAGCCCCAACCCCUCGCUGACCUUCUGUGUCAAGACCCACGACCGGCUCUACUACAUGGUGGCCCCCUCAGCAGAGGCCAUGAGGAUCUGGAUGGAUGUUAUUGUCACAGGAGCAGAGGGAUACACACAGUUCAUGAACUAAGAGAGACAUACACAGUGGCGAGAGUGCAGGUGAUGAGCAAAUAGUUUCGGCAGGGACUCUCCCAUCACAGACUCUACAAGGCCUUACUGUUUCCAGUCCACAGCGGACACAACGCCUUGUUUGUUACUCAUUUUUGAUUCUCACAGUUUGAUUUUACUAUGUAGAUGUUCACCUCCACAUUUUCUAGGUGAUUCUGUUUGGAUUUAAAAAGGGAGCCCUUGAAGGACACACACACACUUACACACACUUCUGUAUAUAAACCAAAAUGUACACCUGUCAGAGACUUUUAAGAAGCCUUUCUAUAUUGCCAAAUGGAGAUCUUGUACUUGCUGUUUGUUGAACCUUUUGUAUUAUUUUUUCCUUUCGUUCUUUCUUUUUGUUCUUUCUUCUUUUUUUUCUUUUUUUCUUUUUUUUUUUUUUACUUAUGGAGACAAUUGCCAAAUGACGUAAUGCCAAUGUUUUGUUUGAGUGUUCCAUCAUGACUGUGCUCAGUUUAGACAGAAAGAGUUUAAAGAGUUUGAAAGAAUCUUAUUCAAAAUGAUGUAUAAAUCUAUAAAUAUAAUACAAAUCAGUCUGUCAGCAGAGACUGGAGAAGAUCUAAGAGUCCAGCACAUUUGUCUAUAACAGUGACACAGUAAAGCACUGCAUCCUCCAUGUCCACAACAGUCACUUCACCUCAGUGCUGCUCUUAAAUGGAAGAUUAACACUAAAUCAAGUGCAGAAUAUACAGCACAUUAUGGUAUCCAGAACUACAUCCUAGUCAUACUAUUUCACAUAGGCUUAUCAGUGCAAUUAGAGGUAUUUUGUUAGUCUUUGACCCACUACAGCUCAGGAGUUCAUUCUACAGUUUGCUCUAUGGUUUGUCCAGUAUGGAAUUUGGAAAGCAUGUACUGAUAUUAGUAUUGAAACUGCUAAUAAAUAUUAUUUUUGGCUAAACCCAGAAUUUAAAAAAAAAACAUUAAGGAUUAGAACACUUUAAAGGAAUAGUCUGGUAUUUUGGGAACUACAGUGUGCAUAUUUGCUCUCUGGAGGCACAAGACGAUUGGCUUAAUUUAGCAUAAACACUGGAGGAAGGUGGAAACAGCUAAUUCGACUGUGUCAACAAAAAAAAAAAGAGACAUGUUUUGGUUAAUUCGUUUGGUGGUAUGUAUUUUAGCGAGGUCUUUGUUGAGCUAAGCUAACAGUCUCCUUGCUCAUGCUUCAUUUUCUAAGCUCUGGCUGCUUUCAGGCCAAAAGUUAAAUAAGAAGAUUGAUAUCACUCUCGUGUCUAGCUGGUUAGCUUAGCUUAGCUUAGCUUAGCUUAGCACAAAAACCAGAACUAGAGGGAAACAGCUGGCCUGGUUCUGUUCAAAAACUCACAAAUUAACAUAUUAUAAUUUGCCUCUGUAAUUAGUCGGUAGAUAUUUUUUAUCUUUUGACAGUCAAAUGUUUAGUGAAAAUACACAUUAUCGAUGCUCUUAUAUAUCACUCGAAAGAAAGUAAAUGCGCACAUUUCCGAAAAUGUCAAACUAUUUACAUUUGUUAGUUGUUUGACAGCUUUCAAGCUGUAUUUUUUCCUUUUGGCAGGAUGGUUUCCAUCCACUUCUAGCUAGGCUAAACAUGCGUUUAAAUCUCCAAAUUUUUCAAAUGUAUUAUGUUAUAAUAAAAAUGAAUCAAUCAUUCAAUCAUCGUAUCAGCAGAGGACUCGCCAGAUGUCCUGCACUCACAGGUUGACACCAAAAAAAUACCUGUAUAUUGGUCGAACCAUAGCUGCUUCAUUCUCUCUGUAUUUGUGAAUAUGUUGAACUGGAAUAUCUCACUGUCUGUAUGAUGCCAUCAUGUUGCCACCUCAAGGUGCAAACUGCAUAUCUAUGUAUGCACACACACGCAAACAAAAGAAGCUUGACUAUUUGCCAAGUAGCCUUCAGCUAACUUGAUGAUGUGACUACACACCUGGGAAGCAGCCAUCAUCACUGCCAGCCUAAAGCAACAACUACUAGAGGGCGCUAUAGAGACCACACCAACACAGGACCACACAGGAUCAACAAUAUGGACUAAUGCAAUUCAGAACUGUGCCUUGACUAUGUGUUGUUAUUGAUGCCGUGUCCGUCAGUCCAGCACAGUCUCACUGGAUGGAUACAAUCAUGUGAAUGCAUUUUAAUGCAUUUCUGAGCUGUAAUGCAGUAUGUGGAGAGAUUUGCAUGAGGUUUACUACUUUACUAUGUGGACGUCUGCCUGUGGCAUCAUUACAGGCAGCGAUCCCAGAGGCCCUGAUCACAUUGGGGAUCAACUAAAUCACAUUCAUUUACCAAACUCUGAAUAUACAAAAUGUUAAAAAGAUCCAUAAAUAAAUCUGCAUUUCCCCAGUUAAAUUUAUCAUAGUUACUUUACUAAUCAUGAGGCGUACUAAUCAGUCUGAUCAAACAGUUCAUGUCUUUGUAUUGUCAAAACUGAGAAAAUAACCCUGAUGAAAUCAUCAGCAGCUGAAAUGUGGAUUGUGCAAAAGAAGUUUAAACUCUUGUUCCUAAUAUUUUUGCACAUUCAGUAGUGCAAGUUUAACUCAUCACAACUUAGUUUACCAGCUUUUUAUUGCAGAAUAAUGGGGCUAUAAAAGAAAAAAUGAUGAGAUUUUUGGUUACAAAGUCAACACCAGACUUACUUGCCUUUUAAAAAGGCUUUUACUUUGCUGCCACCUCAUUAAAUUUCACCAUCAGUGAUGAAGUCAGCCAAACUCAGAAUAAAACUUUAUUUCCUGCUUUGAAUCCCCACUGUGAGCUGAGGCCUGCAUGCAGGAGGAUGGAUAAAAUAAUCUUGUGUCUUCAGCUUUAACAGACUAUAACUUGACCGGGUUCGCCUGGUGUGUUUGUUGUCGUGUUGAUCAUCACAUUGUGAAUCUAUUGAUUGGCUGGUUUGUAGUUAACAGAAAACGGCAUCCGGGAUCUGUUUUGUAGAAGCAGAGGACAGACGCUGUGAUUUAUGAAGCAUGUGGAACUGUUGUUUAGUUUCAUGUGGGUACAGUGAUGAUAAUUUAUGAUUGUGGUGCCUGAGAGUGAACAUCUUUGCUUCUAAAACAUGAAGUAGAAGACCAGUGAAAAGACAUUAAUAUAUUCUGUCCCCCUUGCCUUUUAACAUGUGCAAACCAAACUAUUCUACACUGGCAAGGCUGUUAAAUCAUGUCUGUUGAUAGUAGUUGGUAUAUACAUUACUGUUGUUAUCUAUGUUGAAAAGAAACUAAAUAUACUGUAGAGGAUGCCUGAAUGAAAAAAAUAGUCUUGCUAUGGAAAUGAAAAAGUAUUGUAUGAAAACAAUUUUUACUUAUUUUUGUCAUUUUAGAAAUUUUAUUGUCAGUCAGUUACAUUUUAAAUUGUACGGUAGUGAUGUAUCAAUCUACCUUUUUUAUUACUGGUACAGCAGAACACACACAGAAUAACUCACCUAGCACUCACAUGACUGUACUUUUUUUUUCUAGAAAGUAGUUCCUGUUCCAUAGACAUACACACAGGCACACACACUCAGAAUCAAUACUCGGACCAUACUGUGUUAUUGGUACCCUGUACGUCUCAUGCAUCACUUUCAGGUAUGAAUAAUAUGGAUUUUGUCAAAUCUAUUAAAAACAAAUCUGUUACAGAGUAUUGUCUGCCUUUCUUGAAUUCAGCAGGUUAUAAUGUCAAGUUUCCAGUGUUGAGGAGAGAGACUAAUUAUUGGUUCAUUACUAACGGUUAUAAUCUGAUGAUACCAUGUGACAGGAAAUAAAACAUAAACAAAAAAAGAGAAAAAGUACAAAUCUAUUUCUAAAAAUACAUGAAAAGAGGGAUUCACGCAACAAAACGGCUAAAAAGGUUUAAAAAGGGUAAAAAAAAAUUAAA